GACAGGAGACCUGCCCCUCCCUGGUUCCACGUCUCAGCUCCCGCACACCUGGGGACAGAGGUGUCCUGGCCAGUCGGGGCAAUCAUCAAGGACUUUGCUGGGGUUGGCGCGGGCGCUGGGGUCCACCUGGGGGCAUCCGAGAGCCGUGGGUCCACCCACUAGGCCCCGCCUGGCGCGGCGGGCCGCCCCGCCCCUCCCGGCCAGCCCCAGCGGCCACUGCCCACUGCCCGCUGGCCCUUCCGCCUCAUUCGGCGGCGGCGCCACGGAGCUGGACGGGCCAUGGAGAGGACAGCGGGCAGGGAGCUCGCCCUGGCGCCGCUGCAGGACUGGGGCGAGGAGACCGAGGACGGCGCGGUGUACAGCGUCUCCCUGCGCCGGCAGCUCAGUCAGCGCUUGAGCCCGGGGGAGGGGCCUGGGGGCGGCCAGGUGAGGAAGGCGUGCGAGGGAGACGCAGGGAGCCCGCCGCGUGAGGGUGGGGCUGCGCGCAGAGGCCCCGGAGCCCGGACGGCUGAGCGCAGAGCUGGAGGGGGGGCCGGUGAGCUCGGGCCUCCAGGUGCAGUGGGGCUUGGAGGCGGCCAGCCCCGCACCGAGCUGGCCGACUCUUUCCUCCAUUACCGCACGAGCAAGGUGCGCGCGCUGCGGGCGGCGCGCCUGGAGCGGCUGGUCUGCGAGCUGGUGUCUGGAGACCGCGAGCAGGACCCGGGCUUCGUGCCGGCCUUCCUGGCCACCCACCGGGCUUUCGUGCCCACUGGCCGCGUGCUGCGCUUUCUGCUGCCGCCGCCGCCGCCGCCCCCACCUCCCGGGAUAGAAAUGAAGACACAGGGACAAGAUCUGUGCUUCAACAAGAACCUGAGAGCUGUGGUGUCCCUGCUGGGCUCCUGGCUGCGGGACCACCCCCAGGACUUCCGGGAACCCCCAGCCUACUCCAACCUGGGCAGUGUCCAGGUCUUUCUGAGCUGGGCAGCCCCAGGGAGUCCCGAGGCCCGGGAAGCAGAGAAGCUUCGAGAAGAUUUUUUGGAGGAAGCUGAGGGAAAGCAGGAGGAAGAGGAGCAGCCCCAGAGGUGGGCAGGUUCGGGACUCCCCAGCCCAGACCCCACGGAGGACAGCGGGGCCGGGGAGGAGGGGCUCGUGCCGGAAGGUCCUGACCUCCUGGACUUCAGCGUGGACGAGGUGGCCGAACAGCUGACCCUCAUAGAUGUGGACCUCUUCCAGCGCGUGCGGCCCUUCGAGUGCCUGGGCUCCGUGUGGUCGCAGCGGGACCGGCCGGGGGCGGCAGGCGUCGCCCCCACUGUGCGCGCCACCGUGGCGCAGUUCAACCUGGUGACCGGCUGCGUGUUGGGCUCGGUGCUCGGGGCGCCGGGCCUGGCUGCCCCGCAGAGGGCGCGGCGCAUUGAGAAGUGGAUCCGCAUCGCACAGCGCUGCCGGGAGCUGCGUGACUUCUCGGCGCUGCGGGCCAUCCUGUCGGCGCUGCAGUCCAACCCCAUCUACCGGCUCAAGCGCAGCUGGGGCGCGGUGAGCAGGGAGCCCUUGUCCACGUUCCGGAAGCUCUCGCAGAUCUUCUCGGACGAGAACAACCACAUCAGCUGCAGGGAGAUUCUCUCGCAGGAGGAGGCUGCGCAGGGGCCCCUGGAGGACCCGGACCCGGGCAGCCUGAGCUCGAAGCCGCCCCCAGGCCCCGUCCCCUACCUUGGCACCUUCCUUACCGACCUGCUCAUGCUGGACACGGCCCUGCCGGACACUGUGGAGGGGGAUCUUAUCAACUUUGAGAAGAGGAGAAAGGAGUGGGAGAUCCUGGCUCGCAUCCAGCAGCUACAGAGGCGCUGUCGGAGCCACAGCCUGAGCCCACGCCCGCCCGUCCUGGCCGCCCUGCGUGCGCAGCGCCAGCUCAGCGAGGAGCAGAGCUACCGGAUCUCCCGCGUCAUCGAGCCCCCGGCCGCCUCCUGCCCCAGCUCCCCGCGCGGCAGGCGCCGCAUCAGCCUCACCAAGCGUCUCAGCGCGAAGCUGUCCCGAGAGAAAAGCUCAUCGCCUGGUGGGAGUCCCGGGGACCCCUCCUCGCCCACUGCCAGUCGGUCACCAGGGUCCCCGCCAGCAAGCCCUGGAGUCAAGGACCCUCCUCCUGGCAGCCCCCCAGCCUCGCCAGGGCCCCAGGGUCCCAACACCAAGCCGCCCUGGAGCCCCGACCCGCCAGGCCCCCGCCCUCUGACCUUGGCCUUGAACCCGGGGCAGCAGCCGGGCUCGGAAUCCUGCGUCAUCCGCGUCAGCAUGGACAAUGACCACGGGAACCUGUACCGGAGCAUCUUGCUCACGAGCCAGGACAAAGCCCCCAGCGUGGUGCAGCGGGCCCUGCAGAAGCACAGCGCCCCCGAGGCCUGCACCGGUGACUACCAGCUCUUCCAAGUCCUCCCUGGGGACAAGGAGCUCCUGAUUCCGGACAAUGCCAAUGUCUUCUACGCCAUGAGUCCAGCCUCCCCCGGGGACUUCGUGCUGCGGCGGAGAGAGGCGGCCCGGCACGCACCGUCCCUCUCCCCAGCCUGAGCCGGCCCCGACCUGGCGCUUGUCACCGUGGAGCGGGGGUGGGGUGGGAGAGUUGGGGGCUUCUCCUGGAACCGCACUACCCACCCGCCCCUAGUAAGGCCGGUGCUUGUGCCGUCAGUCUGCCAACACUGCCCCCUAGCGGCUGCAGCCCCUGAAUCGCUGCUCUUAGCGCUGGGUCUUUAUCCCCGGAGGCGUCAGUCAGCCCCCAGGGUGGGUGCCGGGAGAGAGCGCACAGUCCCAGAAAUAGGGAAGGGGGCGUGGCUUCAGAGGUCCCCUGUUGGGGACCCCGAGUGGACGAGAGCAGGCACCACAGCUACGGAGCAGGAGCCCGGGCUGCUCGCUUCGCACCUGUGCGCCCAAGUUCAAGUUCAACAAAAAUGGGGGGGGGGGGCGAUGGGAGCCCUCGGAAGAUGAUUGGCUGAGUCACGGCCGGAUGCCAGAGAGGCCUGUCAGGAUUUCCUCCUCCCGGUUUUUCUGGAGUGAUAACAGCGUCUUUUUUGUUAUGUGUAUCAAAGUGCAAAUAAAUGGAAUUCCACCCAACGGAGAGAUGGGCGCCCACGAGUCCC